GCUGCAAAAGCGACGGCGGCAGCAAACCUGCAUCCUAGGAAAGGAGGCUGCGCUUUCUUUUCUAAGUGUGUACACACACCCCACCACACUAACAACCAAAACAAACGGGGUUGUCGCAAAGGGAUUCCCAAAACCUGUUCGUGAGUGCGUGUGCACGAGCGCGUGUGUCUGUGUGUCUGUGCGCGCGCGCCCGCCCCCACAUUUGCAUACAGGCCCCGCCUCCGCGGAAGAACCUGGCAUGUAUUUGCAUAAGGGACACUUGAAACGUUGAUGGUGGCAUGCAAAUAAGGACUGGCUCCGAUUGGCCGGGGUACAGCAGGUGCCGUGUCCGGAUUGAUCAAAGCCAGGUGGGCGGGGCUGUCGCGCAGGGCGACUCUCCGGGAGGCGCGUGCCCCGGCUCAGUAGCGUUGGGGCUGGCGCGCGCGACGAAUCUUAACGCCGCGCCGUCUGCGGGCGCUUCCGGGCCACCAGAUUCCCUACCUUCCACCCUGGCGCCCCCCAGCCCUGGCUCUCCAGCCGCUCUGCCCCGGGCAUCCACGCCCUGCGGGCUCAGCGGAUUCAGCGGGCUCAAUCUACGCAGCUCCUCCUCCAUGUUGACCAAGCCUCUGCAGGGGCUUCCUUCGCCCCCUGUAGCCCCCACGCAGCCUCCAGGUGGCAAGAAUCGGGCAGCUUUCGAGGCCGAAUACCGACUUGGCCCCCUCCUGGGUAAGGGAGGCUUUGGCACCGUCUUCGCGGGACACCGCGUCACGGAUAGACGUCAGGUGGCCAUCAAAGUAAUCUCCCGGAACCGUGUGCUAGGCUGGUCCACCGUGUCAGACUCAGUGACUUGCCCACUUGAGGUAGCGCUGCUGUGGAAGGUGGGUGAAGGCAACGGGCAUCCAGGUGUGAUACGCCUGCUUGACUGGUUUGAGACCCCAGAGGGUUUCAUGCUGGUCCUUGAACGGCCUAUGCCUGCCCAGGAUCUUUUUGACUACAUCACAGAGAAGGGCCCGCUGGGUGAAAGCCGUAGCCGCAGCUUCUUUACCCAAGUAGUGGCAGCUGUCCAGCACUGCCAUGCUCGCGGAGUUGUCCAUCGUGAUAUCAAGGAUGAGAACAUCCUGAUAGACCUCUGCCGGGGUUGUAUUAAACUCAUUGAUUUUGGUUCUGGGGCCCUGCUGCAUGAUGAACCAUACACGGACUUUGAUGGGACAAGGGUGUAUAGCCCUCCAGAGUGGAUCUCUCGACAUCAGUACCAUGCCCUCCCAGCUACUGUCUGGUCACUGGGUGUUCUCCUCUAUGACAUGGUCUGUGGGGACAUUCCCUUCGAGAGGGACCAGGAGAUUCUGGAGGCUGAGCCCCACUUUCCUGCUCAUGUCUCCCCAGAUUGCUGUGCCCUAAUCCGCCGGUGCCUGGCCCCUAAACCCUGCUCCCGACCUUCACUGGAGGAGAUUCUGCUGGACCCCUGGAUGCAAACACCAGCUGAAGAAGCACCCAUCAAUCCCUCCAAAGGAAGCACCACCCCCUUAUCCUGGUCCCUGCUUCCCUAGGCCCAGCCAGGCUCUCUGGUUGGAAUCCCAUGGUCAUGCUACAGGGAUAGAUGGACAUCUGUUGACCUGGUUAUACAGGUUGUUAAAGAUCCAGUAUUACUAAGGUCAGGGAAUAAGGAUCAGGGGUCAGAAGAUAGCCAAGUCUGCCCAGUUCCUAUCCCAAUCCUGUGAAGGAGCUCUCCUCCCGGAACCUGUGGUCCCUUAUUUGGGAGGGGGGAGUUACUUGUUUCUUGUUCUGUUAAGGAUGUUUAUUUGGUUGGAUUCCUUCCCUUCUAGGCCCUAUGAUUCUUAUUAUGACAUUGUAGUCCCUACACUGGCACCUCCUAUACUACUACCACAAACUUAGACACUUAGUUUAAAUGCUCUCACUCGGGCAAGGGUGCUUUCCUUAAAUACCCCAGCAGCUCUUUAGCAAAAGGGCCCUUACCCUGGGAUCUCAAUUCAGUUGCUGCUUGCCUGCCUUAGCCCAGAAAUGAUUAUUCUGGGGAAGGUAACACCCUAUUAAGCCCUAUUAAUUAGUAUCCCACUGCUUUUUUAAUUUUAAUUUAAUUUUAUUUUUUGGUGAGGGGACCCUAUUGUUAUCUCAAGUGCUCUUAUUCUGGUGAGAAGAACCUUACUUCCAUAAUUUGGGAAGGAAUGGGAGAUGGACAUCAUCGGACACCACCAGAGACUAGGAUGGGAUGGAUGGUUUUGGGGGGAUGGGAUGGAGGAAAUAAGUCUUACUGUUUGUUCUCCUGGGGUCCCCCCUCUCCAACUUUUGCUGCCUCCUCCUGAGCCAGGAUUGUCCAGUGGUAAAGUGUAAAUAAUUAUGUACUGGAGGUCGGAGAGCUGCAGCUGUGCCCUCCUGUCCCUUCUCCCCCUGCCUGGAUUAUUUAAAAAGCCAUGUGUGGAAACCUAUUUAAUAAAUAAUGAAGUCACGAAUGAAUGGCCAUUUAUAGAGGAAGGCAUUAGUGGAGCAUCUACUGCCUGUUGAGUUUAGAUGGCUGGAGAAAAAUUUCUGAAGAAAAACCAACUCAGAGAAGGGGGCCAGUCUGACCGUUUUUGUUUUGUUUUCAGAUGGGGUCUUUUUGAAGCCCAAGCUAGCCUCAAACUUGGAGUGCUGGGAUUUACUUGCACAAAAAUAAAUCCCAGGCUCCAACUGGAAUUUUUCUAGCACUUUCUGUGUAGCUCUUAACUUGAUUUAAAUCUUAAUUUUGUCUUUGCCUUUCAUGCCCCUCCUUUGCAUCUUCCUCAGCUCACCUCCCUUGGUCUCUCUAAUCCUGACGUCAAUUGUCCUGAACCUGCUUCUCAUUUUCCUCUAUUAUGGUGACUAAGCCUUCCCUACUCUAGUUCAGCAAUGAAUUCUAUGAACCUAGCAGUAGGCCUAUGACUCACUUGUCCCGCCUUCUCGAAAGUCCGAUUCCUCCCAGUUGGCCUCCGGGCCUUAGAGGGCGGGACCUGGCUGGGUGGUGGGAACAGAACUGAGUUUCUGAUGCGAGGAGGGUGGUGCCAUCUGAAGGUUCCAAUAAAAGCGGAGAUGGAAGAACCACGGAACCAAUGAAACCGCGGGACGGUUU